AUGGAGAACGAGCGUCUGAAAGCAGGAGACGCUGUCAAAUUGAACGCUGCCAACCCAGAUGCCGCCAUACCAGACGCUGCCAACCCAGACGCCGCCGACUCUACCACCUUUGAUCUCAAGUCCAAAUACGCCGAGGAAGCCAACAAACGGCUCCACGGCGGUGGUCUGGCACAGUACCUCGACCUUCGCCACAGCGAAGUGCACGCAGCUCUCCUCGACGACCCGUGGAUUCCAGAGGGCGAGCCGAUCAAUCAAGUCGUGGGCGAAGGAGAGAGCACCAAAGUCUGCAUUCUUGGCGCAGGCAUUGGUGGUAUCUCAUUCGCCGUGGCCUUGAUCAAGCAAGGUUGGAAGGCGGAAGAUCUGGUGCUCGUUGACUCGGCGGGCGGUUUUGGUGGGACGUGGUGGUGGAACCGCUACCCCGGUCUCACGUGCGACGUUGAAAGCUACAUCUACAUGCCCUUGCUGGAAGAAAUGGACUACAUGCCCACUCGCAAAUACGCAAGCGGCGAGGAGAUACGUCUCUAUCUCGAGACAAUCGUCGACAGAUACAGCCUGCGACCACGAGGCUUGUUUCAGUCUACGAUCAAAGACUUGCGCUGGAAUGGGACCUCGAAUCAAUGGGAUGUUUCUUUACACCAGAAGCCCAAGGGUGGAGACGUCAAGCUUCUGAACUUCUGCUCGGAUUUCGUGAUCGUGGCUCAUGGGAACUUGAAUGAAGCAAAGAUGCCAAAGAAGGAGGGAAGUGAGCUGUAUCGUGGCGACAUGUUUCACACCGCGAGAUGGAGGUAUGACUUCACCGGAGGAAGUCCCGAAGAUCCUAAAUUGGAAAGGUUGAAAGGCAAGAAAGUGGGCGUCAUCGGAACAGGAGCCUCCGGCGUCCAGGUCGUUCCGCAAGUCGCCGAGUGGGCCUCUGACCUAUACGUCUUCCAGCGUACACCUGCAUCAGUCGAUGUACGAGGCAACUACGACACCGAUCCAGACACCUGGAAGACCUCCAUCGCCACGAAACCUGGCUGGCAAUUCGAGCGGAAUCUCAACUUUGUCGCUUUCCUCAACAACAACACCCAGAAACCCUCUCCGAAUCUCGUCAACGACUCAUGGACUCGCUUCCCGUCUUUCUCCUCCCUUCUCGGCGGGCCGGACCACAAUGUCGAUCCCGCAACUGGCAUCGCCGACUACAUUGCCAAACUGUACGCUCUGGACCGUCCACGCUCGGAGCGAGUGAGGCAGAGAGUGAUGGAGGAGGUGCACGAUCCGGCAACAGCCCGGAAGCUGCAAGCCUGGUACCCAGGCUGGUGCAAGCGGCCCUGUUUCCACGACGAGUAUCUGCCGACUUUCAACCGGGACAACGUGACGCUGGUGGAUACUAAUGGGCAAGGCAUCGAGCGGAUGACAGACCGGGGCAUUGUCGCGAACGGCCAGACCUACCAGCUGGAUGUAGUCAUCUGGUCGACGGGAUUUCUGGCUCCGGCUAGCGGAACUCAGGUCAAAGCUGGCGUUCAAAUCGCCGGCCGAGACGGAUUAACGCUCGAUGGAAACUUUGAGACUGAAAUGGUGACCUUGCAUGGUUUGAUGACCAGAGGCUUUCCGAAUCUCUUCUGGUCGGGUGGGCGACAGGCGGGAGCUGCUGCCAAUGCUACUUUCCUCCUCACCCAACAGGCCACUCAUGUCGCCCACAUCAUCACGGAAGCUAGUCGAAAGGUCGUUUCGAGCAGACCGGUCGUCGAGCCCACCGAAGCAGCUGGAGAAGCCUGGGUCAAGAAGAUUGUCUCCUACACCCACCUCGGCGCCGCGGCUGCCGACUGCGGGCCCAGCUACCUCAACAAAGAGGGAGAGAUCAAUUUGCUUCCGAUGGAAGAGAGAAUGAAGCUGAGGAGAGGAGCGGCGUAUAUGAAGGGUAUCGCGGCGUACGUGGAGGAGCUGCGGAUGUGGAGGGAGAGAGGUGUUCUGGAGGGUUUGGAGGUGAAUGAUGGGGUGCGGAAGUGA